UAAGUACGAAGCCGCCGAGCAAGAUGACCUUUGGGAGCACCUCACGAUGGCCGCUCAUGAGGACGGCACCCUCCCCCAGGACAUCACUGUCAAGAAGGUCAUGGACACCUGGACGCUGCAGAUGGGAUACCCCGUCAUCAAGGUGGAGAGGAGCGCCGACGGCACGUCCGCCACCGUCUCUCAGAAUCGUUUCUUGUUGGUGGCGGAGGAGGACUCAAGCGCCGACGACCACGACUACAAGUGGUGGGUUCCUCUCACCUACACGUCUCAGAGCGAAUCCAACUUCAGUCAGACUCAAGCCAUGAUGUGGAUGAAAGACUCCGAGGAACAGAUCACUCUAUCAUCUCUUCCCACGAAGGACGAGUGGGUCAUCUUCAACCUGCAGGAGACGGGCUACUACAGAGUCAACUACGACGACCACAACUGGGGCCUCCUCAUCCAGCAGCUGAAGGACGACCACGAGGUCAUCAGCACCACCAACCGAGCCCAGAUUAUUGACGACGCUAUGGACCUCGCUCGUGCCGGCCAGCUGAACUAUGAGAUCGCCCUUGGUGUAUAUGCUUACUUAGGCAACGAGACCGAGUAUGUGCCCUGGGCAGCUGCCGUUAACAAUAUUGGUUAUCUGGAAGGCAUGUUCAAACGCAAGGCCGGAUAUGGAGCUCUCAAGAAAUACAUCCUGGACCUCGUGGUACCGCUGUACGAGUCCGUUGGCUUCACCAACAGGCACUCCGACCCGUUCCUGGAGCAGUCGAAGCGUAGGACGGCUGUGUCUUGGGCGUGCAUGCUCGGCCAUCAGGACUGCCUCGAUAACGUCCUCUCUCUCUACCGACAGUGGAUGAGGAAUCCUGAGAACGAGACCCUCAUCUCGCCUAACCUGAAAUCGACGGUGUACUGCCGCGCCAUCGCCGAGGGCGGGGAGGCCGAGUGGGACUUCGCGUGGGAGCAGUACCUGCGGUCCAACGUGGGCACAGAAAAGGCCCUCCUGCUCUCUGCCAUGGGGUGCAGCAAGGAGAUCUGGAUCUUGUCAAGGUACCUGGACAUGGCCUUCACGCCCGGCAGCGGCAUCCGAAAGCAGGAUUCGGAUCGUGUCUUUGCCUCAGUAGCUUACAACAAGGUCGGCGGUCCCCUGGCGUGGCGCUUCCUCAGGGACCAGUGGAGGAGGAUCUAUGAUUUCCAUGGAAAAGCUAAGGGCGGCCUGAUCAAGUCUGGCACCUCAGGCUUCAACACAGACCUGCAGCUGAAGGAGAUCGAAUUGUUCAAACAAGAACACGAAGAGGAAUUGAGUGGAGCCUCUAGAAGCGUCGACCAAGUCCUCGAGAGCACAAAGAACAGCAUCGCUUGGCUUGACCGCAACUACGAGAACAUCGUCCAGUGGCUUGAUAACAACGGCUACAGCACCAAACUUCAAAACGAGUAGUUCUUUGGCAUACUCUUUUUUAAUAUAAUCCCAAUAUUCUUUUAUAACUUUUGACAUUGACAAAUAUGUUACUUGUGGUAAUCUUCAGUAGUGUCAAAAGUAUAUUGUUUGAGUGAUGGCGAACCUCAUAAAGUAUGGUUACAAUGUCAUUCAAACAGCAUCUGUAAAAUUCAUUCAUAUAGACCUGUAGCUGUAACCUCACGGUGUGCAGACUUAUUCUGUCAUCUUCAUUCAAACAAACUUAGUCUCUUCCUUGCCUUCCUGUGUUGUUAUAUCUGUCAUAUUAUUUAUUGUGUUUCAAGUAUCUAUAUAUACAAUAGCUUCAGUAAUAAGUGAAACCUAAGAAGAACGUCUUGAGUAGGUUUGUAUCCUGUAAAGUCCGCAAAUGAAGUUGGGAACAACGAUCUCUUAUAUACAUUUUGUCACAUAUGAAAAGGUAUUAUGUGAAAUGUAUUCCAUAUACCACCAAGACUGUACAGGCAGUUCGUAGACCCUUUUCAAUGCGUAUUUUUUACUCACCAUAAGGUAAUCAGCAGGAUGUAGCAUAUUAAUGGAAUGACAGGAAGAAAUUUGUACAGAGGGAAUAUGACACUUAACCAAGAAAAGUGCCAUGGUCUAUUGUACUCGGUAAAACAUCUCUUUCGAUUGCAUUUCUUAAAUGUAUAUAUACAAAACGCAAAAACCCUACAUUGUGUAUAAUCACGAGGCUUCUCUAUUCCUAUAUGAGAAAAGGAAUUUACUUUUCUGUUAGUCCAAUAGAAAUUGAUAUUUUUUCUAGACCAGGUAAGAUAUGGAAAAAUGCAGAUGGAGUUUGCAUGAGUUUAUUUGCUUGCAGUUAUAGAAUAUCUACACUCCUUUGAUUCAUGUCUGAUAUAUCUAGCGUUUAAGUAUAUUACUUCUUGUUAUGAAAAAUGAAGUACAAUCAUAGACGAUAAAAUACUGUAUAUUUUUAUACGACUUGUAGAAAAAAAAGUUACGUAUUCCCUGUCUAUUGUAUGCACAUAAGUUUAUAGAAAAUAUUGUAUAUAUAUAAAUAUUGUUGACAUUAUAUUUGGGACAACUUGA